UUUGUACUCCCGGAACUGAAGUCGGCGCCGCCCGUUGAUGACGCACAUGAUGCCGCCCGUGUGACACCGUAGUUGCCUUCCCCCUGGGAAGUGCAUCCCAGCUGGAGGAGUUCCGAGGCCGGGCGUUCUUCUGAGAGAUGGCUGUAAAGAUCGCCGGCCUGGGCUUCUUCUCCCCGCUGUUGCUGUGCUGGCUGAUCUUGGCAGCUGUACUCCUGGCACAGGCUCGCCAGCUUCGCUUCGUCACUGUGGUUUAUCGGCAUGGCGACCGCUCUCCGGUGAGGGCUUACCCAAAGGAUGUGCAUCAAGAGAGUGCCUGGCCUCAGGGCUUUGGGCAGCUUACACAGAUUGGGAUGAAGCAGCACUGGGAUCUGGGACAAGCGCUGCGUGACCGUUACAAAGGAUUCCUUAAUGAGUCAUAUGAUAGGCAUGAGAUCUACGUAAGGAGCACAGAUGUGGACCGCACCCUGAUGAGUGCCGAGGCGAAUUUGGCGGGUCUAUACCCACCAGCGGGAUCCCAGGUCUUCCAGCCAAACAUCACAUGGCAGCCAAUCCCAGUGCAUACUGUGCCAGACGCAGAGGAGCGGCUCCUGAAGUUUCCAGUACUUCCUUGUCCAAAAUACCUCAAGCUGCAGGAGGAGACUCGGCAAUCUCCGGAAUAUGUCAAGACGACCAAAGACAAUAAGGACUUCCUUCGUAUGGUAGCGAAUGAAACCGGACUUUCAGACUGCUCUUUGGAAUCUGUGUGGUCCAUUUCCGACAUUCUCUUCUGUGAGUCAAAACAUAACCUGAGCCUACCCUCCUGGGCGACACCUGACGUUGUAGAACGACUGAGAAAUUUAAAAAAUUUUGGCUUCAGGUUUCUUUUUGGGAUCACUGAGCAGAAGGAGAAGGCACGUCUGCAGGGAGGUCUUUUGGUGGCUCAAAUCCUGAAUAACCUAACAGCAGCUGCACAGAACUCGUCAAAUGGCCUCAAGUUCAUUGCAUACUCCGCACAUGAUACCACACUGGGUGCACUACAGAUGGCUCUUGAUGUCUACAAUGGAGUACAGGCCCCUUAUGCGUCUUGCCAUAUGUUCGAGCUGUAUGAGGAGAGUCCAGGAAACUUCACAGUGGAGAUGUAUUUUAGAAAUGAGAGUGCACACCCACCUUUCCCUCUGACCGUCCCGGGCUGUGUGCAUAGCUGCCCCCUGGAGAGGUUUCAGAGCUUGCUGCAAGAGGUUGUGGCUGAAGACUGGGAGAAGGAAUGUCAGAUCUCCAGCCCAAGCAGGGACACGGAGGUCAUCAUCGGCCUGGUCGCCUGUGGGUGUAUCCUCUUCCUCAUCGUUGUCCUGCUGCUCACAGUCCUUUUCCGGCAGAAGUCUCAACCAAUCGGAUACCAGCACGUCUCCAACGUAGGGGAGGAGCAGAGCUAGUUGCCUCCACUCUCCCCCCCCCCAACACCUGUGGCCUUGCCGUCUGUCUACCAGGAUGGAUGACACCCAGCAGGUGCCUACAAAGGGAAUUUUGAAGCAAGAUUUUAUUUUUUUAAGUUCUGGAUCAAAAAAGACAUUCAUUUUAGUCUUCGGGUGAAGAAUGAUGGUGGGAACAAACCAAUGCAAAAGAUUUAAUGGACAUAGAAAUAAAAUCUUAAACCGGUAAAUGUACGUAAAAUAGACACUAUAGUCCACAGUAUCAGUCCAAUUGUUUUAUGUGAUGAUUUAAAGGAGAAGUGGGCAACUGUCCCCUGGUAAGUGUGACAUCUGCCUUGUCACCGGGACUACGCAAGUGUAGUCGCAGUAUUGCUGAUCAAGUCAGUGCUGGCCUCCAGUGUGAAACGGACACUUAUGACUGUUCCAUUAUAUGCAGAAGAGAAUCGCACACAUCACUCUCCUGCAAGAUGCCCUAGCAUGACUGCUGUACCUCCAUCUCUAAGCUGUAGGGGGGGUGCUUCAGCGUAAUAGGGAAAAAGUCACAGGCCAGGACAUGGCUAUUUCUACUGGACUAUCAAUGUUUUAGAAUCUCUUUAACUUAAACAGUACUGUAUGUCUAGCUGUAUAUUUGGGUUGGGGCCGGGAUUGCGGCGGUCAGCAUCCCAACACCAGGAUCCCGGCCGCAGAAUGCCUGCGGUGGAGGCAAGCGUUGUUAUGUAGUGGUCGGUAUUGUGACUGCCGGUCACAUACUGUAAGUACAUCCCGUAUAUUUGGUACAAAUGUCUAACUUACCACUCUAGCGUGGUGCAGUCUUUUGCCUGCAGCCAUUAUUUAAAGGCCCUCACUGGCAGCACCAUAAUCCCACACCUGCUCCCAUUUACUAUGUAACAGUAACUGGUGCGACUUCUAUUCGUAUCACCUCAUGACAUCACUAAGCAGAACGGCAGGGGAGACCGUUGUUAGACACAUCACUACCCCCCGGCUGCGGUACUCCUCAUUAUUGGAGAAAUGUGUUGCACAUAAUAACCAAUCAGCUUGUAGCUUUCAUUUUAUAGACUGUGCUAGAUAAAUGGUAGCUAGUAGCUGAUUGGUUACAAUGGCCAACUUCCCCACUUUAUCUCUCUCAAGGGUUUGAUACAUCUCCUCCUAUAAUCUUUUAGUCAUCUCAAGCCCAAAGUUUUGUUAUGGAGCUGUAGGAAGAAAUAUUAUUCUAGAAAUGGUAAAAUGCAUCCACAUAAAUUAAAUGCGUUUCUCCCUUUUCAUGACAAAUAAGAUAUUUUAUAGCCAGUGGUUAUAAUUUACUGGUAGCUGCAAGCCCCAAGGUUUCCGCAGCGCUGUACAAGUGGAAUGAAACGUACAGUAAGUUACUCUGUACAUAUGUAAAACAAACCAGUAAAUUAAUUACAAACGAGAUACAUAAUUACAAAAUGCCCACUAGCAAAGACAUUUAUACAACCAUGAAAACCCAACCAUUUUGGUUUUACACCUAUUGUGGAUGAAUAAACUUCCGUUUAUAGGAUUGGGCAUUCCUUGUAUCCCUCUGGGUUUUUCAGCCAAGCAUUUAUAUCAGUUUCUUUUCCUUGCUAUGAAACACAACACCACUCAAUAUCAGGUACUGUUGUAUACAUAGUGUUUUUUGUUUUAAAUCCUCUGCGGAAAUAAAAUCGCUGCCUGUUGAUAUAAGUGCAUUGCUGAAAAGCACAGAAUGAAUGCAGAUUAAGUUUUGAAACCGUAUUUUGUAAACAUUUAUUUGGAUGAAUGUACAAGCCAUCUAGAGGUGGACAAUUUACUUUAUCAUAUGUAUCAAUUUCUGUUCUGUUUAGUUUUUUUCUGCAGUACGCACUAACAUCCCUACUGAGACCGAUUAACAAAUAUGUUGCUACUGUAUGUAUAUAUUUGUUUUUAAAAAUCUUGAAGAUGCGAUUAAACAAGGUUGCUAUCAUUGGGGAGGUGGUUAAAUCCUAGGGAUUAAUGUAUCUUUUAUAUAAGGAGUGUGGGGUCCUGCUAAAGUAUCACUGACACCAUUGUUAAGAGUAACAAACUGUAUAGGCAUCUUCUGGAACGUGACAGUGAAAAUGAAGACUGCAUUAGGCAGAUUGAUAUAACCACUUUUUUUCCAUGACUUCAGAAUGAUUCAUCUCCCGGGUACAGAGAUUUUUUGGGGGUUUGUUUCUGCUUUGAAUCUUGAAACGCAGCUUUUUUUUCUCCAAAUAAUGUGAAUAUCCAGAGCAGGUUACAGAUUAGAUCUGUCAUAAAAUAGCACAGACUCUGCACAAUCUCAAGACAAACACGCCGUCUGUAUGAACGCACCCUCCGUGUAAGCAAUACGGAACUCCUAACCAGGGGCGUAGCCAGAACUUUGUGGGUCCCAUAGUAACAUUUAGUUGGGGCACCCAUCCCAGUGCUUCUAGAGAGACACUUCUCUGCAGCAGUUGUUCAUUUUAUGCCGUAUAAUAGUGCCCUAGUUCAUUUUCUGAACCAUAGUUGAGCCUUAUUUAAUGUUAUGCCCCAUAGUAGUGCCCUAGUUUCUUUUAUGAAUCGCAGUAGUGCUUAAGUUCAGCCUAUGUCACAUUUCAGAGCUGCCAGUACACAUUAUGCCGCACAGUACCCCCAAUUCACAUUAUGAUAUAUAGUGCUUCCCGUUCAUACUGUGCCUCAUUACAGUGCCCCGGUUCAUAUUAUAUAACAUUAUAAUGCCCUCCAGUUCAUUUUAUACCACAUUACAAUGAGCAGGUCCUGGGGCAUACCUAGAUAUAUUGCAGGCCCCAAGGAAAAAGUUUGAAAGGACCCCUACGUACCACCCAAUGGCAAAAAAUGUAUAUAACACAUGUAACUUUGACAGGGACGGUGGGCCCCUCUUAGCUCUGGGCCCCAUAGCAGCUGCACUGCCUGCACCUAUGGUAGCUACACCCUUGCUCCUAACUAGAUAUGUAUGUACAUGUUUUAAUGAGUCAUGCUUCAUUUUUAAGCACGAAUGGAAGUAUAUUAGUCAACUACACUUGGUGAAUGCUGCCACUAUGUGGGCAGACCGAGGAAUCUGUGAGAUAUUGGUUUAGCUCUCACUGGCUUCCUCCUCUGUAUGUUGGUGAUGGGAUCGCUAUUAUGAGAUUUAUCCGUAUUCUCCACCUCUUCUUACUGUGACUGUUUGUAUAAUACAGAUCUUUUAACAAGCUACUACUGUGUCUAAGGCUGGGUACACACCUGAAUGAUCUCUGCACGAUGUGUAGUUUCCGGCAAAUAGUAAUGACCUAUCGGCCGGAUCGUACAGUGUGUAUGGCCAAUUGCACGCUCCUUCAGGCCAUACAUGAUAUAUUCUGGUUGGCUGUUCUGCACGGCCAACCAGAAGACACUGUGUACGUUGCCAAGGCAUAGUACCGCUGCAUCAUGCACGGCCAACCAGAAGACACUGUGUACGUUGCCAAGGCAUAGUACCGCUGCAUCAUGCAUUGUGUACACAUGGCACGAAGCAGUGUCCUUGUGGAUGUUGGAUCGGCCGGGAACACAUUGUCCUGAUGUGUACCCAGCCUAAGAAAUCAUGAGGUCAUUCCGAGUUGAUCGCUAGCUGAAAAUGUUCGCUGCACAGCGAUUACGUGAAAGACCGGCACUUCUGCGCAUGCGUAUGCGACACAGUGCGCAACGUACUUUCACAACGGCCAAUGUAUUUUCACACAAGGGCUAGCGAAGCUUUUCAGUCGCAAUGCCCGCCGCAGAGUGAUUGACAUGAAGUGGGCGUUUCUGGGUGUCAACUGGCCGUUUUCAGGGAGUGCUCGAAAAAAUGCAGGCGUGGCUGGGCGAACGCAGGGCGUGUUUGUGACAUUAAAACAGGAACUGAAUGGUCUGAAGUGAUCGCAAGCGCUGAGUAGGUCUGAAGCUACUCAGAAACUGCACAAUAUUUUUUUGUAGCCGUUCUGCGAUGCAUUCGUUCGUACUUCUGCUAAGCUAAGAUACACUCCCAGAGGGCAGCGGCUUAGCAUUUGCACGGCUGCUAAAAACUGCUAGCGAGCGAUCAACUCGGAAUGACCCCCUAUGUUACAUAGUGGUCAUGUGAACAAAGGAUGGCCACUGUAAUCCAUUAUGACUGCCGCAGGGCACUCUCAUACCGUUACCAAAUGAUCUACCUUGAUAUCCAGUAGCCAUUGCAGUUUUUUUUACCUCUUGCCUACAGGAUUUUAUAGCCGUUGAUUAUUAUACACUUUAUUUUGCACAAUAAUUUUAACAUUUUUUUUAAUGUAUUUUUUUUUCAUGUUUCUAAAUCUGUGUUAAAUGUCAUCAAAUGAGAUGAAUAGGACUUUUAUCAAAUAAAAAUAGAACCAUUUUAAAGCUC